GUUAAAGGCGCAGCCGAUCGCGGGCGCCGUGUCUUCCGAGGGCACCAUGAGACCCGAGGCGGCGGCCGGAGCCCCGGAGGCGCGGGGACGCGUCUGUCACUGCGCCGGGGACGGCCCCCGGGGACCACCGGCGCCGCGCGGGCCCGAGAGCCAAACUCCAUGGAGACCUUGGACCCUGACCCCUCAGGAAGCUGAGCCUACUAGAACUGGAAGUGAGCUUGAGCCUGGGGGUGAUCAAGAAACCUUUGGAUCGAAGGGGGCCUUUGGGUUUCAGCAUCCUGUCAGACUCUACUUGCCCAUCUCUAAGCGUCAAGAGUAUCUGCAGCGCUCCGGGGAGAAGGUGCUGGCCAGUUUCCCUGUGCAAGCCACCAUCCACUUCUAUAAUGAUGAGUCCGACUCAGAGGAGGAGCCAGAGGAAGACACCCAGCUCUCCGCCCUGCAGCGGGAGGAGGUGGCCAACGGCUCAGAGGGAAAGGCCGGAGACAGGGUGGCAAACCCAGCAAGGCGACCCGGGGGCCUCGAUGGGAGGGGUCCACCCCCCGACCCUGGCUCCCCCGAGGCUGCUGCCUGCCCCUCACGCGUGUAAGUCUGUCUCUCCUUCACCAGCCCGCCUCGCACGUGCCCUGGGGACAGCCCUGCGGGACAGCCGCCCCUGGACACUUCACGUUUCCACUGGGCGUACAAGGACUUGGCUGUCUUUGGCCAGCACUCCACCAGCCCCCAGGACCUGGCUUUUACUCAUCCUCCUCUGAGUGAUUCUUUGCGUCUCAUUCAUAGCUUCGAGAGAGGAUUCUACAUCCAAGAUGUUUGCAUUAAUGCAGGUUGUUAUCUGGUAGGGCCCGCUUUCAAAGCACACCCAGCAGUGUCACCGUGCAGAUCAAAUGACAAAUCAUUCCCACAUCGAUUAGUACCCUGCCUUCACCUCUCACUUAAACUGAGACCCCUCAUUUGGCUACAUCCACAUUUGUAAACAAAGGUCCCAGCAGUCAAAGCUAUGGUUUCUCCGGUAGUCAUGUACAGAUGUGAGAAAUGGACCAUGAAGAAAAUUGAGUGCUGAAGAAUUGAUGCUUUUGAACUGUGGUGCUGGAGAAGACUCUUGAGAGUCCCUUGGACUGCAAGGAGAUCCAACCAGUCCAUCCUAAAGGAAAUCAGUCCUGAAUAUUCACUGGAAGGACUGAUGCUGAAGCUGAAACUCCAAUACUUUGGCCACGUGAUGCGAAGAACUGACUCAUUAGGAAAGACCCUGAUGCUGGGAAAAGAUUGAGGGCAGGAGGAGAAGGGGGUGACAGAGGAUGAGAUGGUUGGAAGGCAUCACCAACUCAAUGGACAUGAGUUUGGGCAAACUCCAGGAGAUAAUGAAGGACAGGGAAGCCUAGGGUGCUGCCGUCCAGGGGGUUGCAGAGUCAGACACGACUGAGCAACUGAACAACGCCAACAACUUUUAUAAAAAUGAAUUAUUGUUCAAGGUUGAUGUGGUUGUUUAGGCAUUCUGAAAAAAAAGUUUAUGAAAAGCACAUAAGCACACUGAACAAUUUCCAUAAGAGUAACAAAAAUAAAAGAUCAGAAUUUGGGGAUGGGAGACCAUUCUGGAUAAAAAUGUCUAUGAAAAAAAAAAAAUGUCUAUGAUUCUUGUCUAAGGGCUGUGUAUAUGAACAGAAGAGCUUACUAGCUCUUCACUGAGGACUGCUUUGGGCUUUUUACUUGAAUAACAAAACACUGUUUUCGAUCAAAGUACUUAAUGUAAUAUUAUUUUCAGGUUUUUAUUUUUUGAUGACCAAAUGAGUGUAUUUGUCAAAGUUUUUUAUGGAACUAUUUUACAUGUGAUUGUCUUUAGUUUCUACCUGAAAUAAAUAUUU